AUGAGUGAAUAUCUAACACAACAGAUAGUGGAUGAUUACCGAAGAGAUGGUGCGGUUUGUAUACGCAAUGUAUUCAACAAUUACUGGAUUGAGAAAGUGAUUGAAGGAAUUGAGAGGAAUCUAAAGAAUCCGAGCGAUUAUAGCGAGAGUUUGUCGAGCGAUGGUCAGAGCGGCGCCUUCUUUAACGACUACUGCAACUGGAGGUCUAUUCCCGAGUUUGAACAAUACGUAUACCAAUCACCGGCCGCACAGAUAUGUGCGGCUCUUAUGGACUCGGAGUACAGUGUCUUCUAUCACGAACACGUACUCAUCAAAGAGGCCGCGGCUAACCAACUAACGCCUUGGCAUCACGACCAGGCAUACUAUCCCAUCAAUGGUUUCAAGAACUGCUCGAUUUGGAUGCCUUUAGAUCCGGUGCCUAUAGAGACGGCCGUUGAGUUUGCGGCGGCUUCUCAUUUGGACAACAAGUGGUAUAAACCGCGAAAAUUUGCCACUCAUUUGAAUUACAACAUUAAUAACAACGAUGUAUGCGAUAAGAUUGCAUACAAUGACGUGCCUUCCGAUCAAUAUAUUCGCGAUAAUUACAAAAUAUUAAGCUUUGAUGUAAAACCUGGCGAUUGUAUUGCAUUUCAUAUGAGGACACUUCACGGCGCGCCCGGAAAUCUGUCUGAAUCUACUUCUAGAAGAGUUUUGAGCACUCGAUGGUUAGGCGACGAUGCGGUGAUAGGCGCCCGACCCUGGAUUACAUCUCCGCCCACAACUGGAGGCCUAGAUAUCGGUCAAAAUGUGAUUCAAUCCAAGGAAUUCCCUCUGAUUUGGACCCGAAGUAAAUAAUUUGUUCCAAUAUAUCGGCGCUUAUUAUUAAUGAUGAGAUAUUAUAAG